CGCGCCACACUGGAGAGCCGUUCGACUCACGGAGGCACCGCUCGAGACCGGCUCGCCAACAUGGAUCUGAAGCUGAGUCUGCUCUGCCUGGUCGUCAUCUCAACCAGCGCCGGGAUGACUUUGCAAGAUCCGUACAUCCAUGACCUACCGGAGGACCAGCUGGCGGUGGAGACGGGUGGCCAGCCCACCAUCGUCGAGGCCCCCUUCGACCGCACGCCGACCGCGCGCGUGCCUGGACCCGCCGCGGCCGACGCCGUGGUCUUUGACAGAGAGGGCGGUGACGAGGAGCCGCAGCAGCUGCUGUUCACCGCACCUGGCGGCUACGGCCCGGCUGGCGCCGGCGGGCCCUGGCGGGUGGCCGGCGGGCCGGCCGUGCUGCUGCUGCAACCUAUCGUGCUGCCGCUGUCGCUGGCGCAGACGAAAACGGCCGACCCGGAGCAGCAACUGGACUACUACGGCGCGGCCUCCUCGCGGCGGCGCCGGCAGCCCUUGACGCUCGCUCAGCUGCUGCGCCAGGUCUACGGGCUCUAGUCGCCGCCGGCCACGCACGCAUCGCAGACGACCGCCGCCUCUGGGCGUCACCGUCCGUCGCCUCCAGCUGCCGCCGGUCCCGCGCCGCAGACGUCCGUCGCCUCCAGGUGCCGCCGGUCCCGCGCCGCAGACGUCCUUCGCGCCAAGAUACGGCGGACCGGGGACCUGCCGCCUUCCCAAGGCCUUCACGCUCCUGUCGGAACUCGCAACCGCGUGCCCGGCCGUAGCCGGCGGGCGUGGUCAUGCGCUGCAGGUAUGUCCCGCCCGCAGCGGCCUCCGGCACCACAUAGGACCGUCCUCGCGGAGCCGCUGGCCCGACGGUCCGGAUUCUGUCGUCGCUCUCCCUACUGCGGCUGGGAGGGAGCACAGGCGGCUGACGGGCUGGUCGGCUGCCGAGGAGGCAGGCGGACUCAACACCGGCGUUCCGAGCGAGCGUUGUGGCCGGCGCCGAACGCGGGAGGCUAUCUGAUGGGCAUUACUGGCGCCCGCCGUUGCGCUCCAACGCCGUGGCUGCUUUGUGUGGGCUUCUGGUCGUGUGGUGUCCUCGACGUCUGACGGCGUAGUGUCCUCGGCAUAGUGUCAUCGACGUAGUGUCAUCGUCGCACUGCCAUCGACAUUGUGGAGCAUGCUUGAUGCACCAGUGCAACGUGGCUUUUUCUGACGAUUUUCACUGACGCUGGAUGAGGGCCUGUGCCUUGCAAGCUGACGUAGCUGUUGGACAAACCAGUGCCAGCAUGUCGUGGGGCGGGUGAUGUGCACUGCUCUCGACGUGGCCACUAACCUAAGGAUUCUUAAUGCCAUUUUGUGGAUGUGUCCAUACUCUUAAAUAUACUAUCGUGAACGCAA